AUGAAUGUCCAUGCGAGUAAUGAAGAGGAAGAUUUGACGAGUGUGGAACACACGCACGGUGAUGUGAUGACAAGAAGAGGAGGAGAAAAUGAUUAUGAUCAACCUCCAGCGGCACGUGUAAGAGUGGAAACUUUACCUCAACCAAGAUGGACGUGGUAUGACAUUGCCGUGGUGGUGGAAGGUGCAUAUGAAUCUGUGUAUAAUGCGACAUGGCACUAUGUGGAGGGUGUUGGUGGUGAGGGAUUCGGUAUGCAAGUGAAAGAGGGGCAUCCACCGCAACUGUGGACAGACGAUGAGGUGAGGAAGGGUUCUGUAGAGGAUGAUAAUGAUAAUGAGAAUCCCGAGGAUGGACGUCUGGAGUUGAUGGUGCUCACCUCUGAGAAAGGAUGGUCAUACACAGAGUUCAGUAUGGAGGAGAGCUGUGAUAUUUAUGUUAACAAGGAGGUGAUGCGUGUAUGGUAUAAAAUUCUA